AUGAACACACCAGAAGAACAAGAGCUUCUCAGCAAGAUUGCUGUAGGGCGUAUCAAUCGGUACAAGAACUCAUCCAACUCGGAUCAGCGAUCUGAUAAGGCAUCCUGGAACAAGUAUACUGCACCCUCCGUCCUCGCAACGCAUAAAAGCUCUCGCGUUGUGCAACAUGGAAAAGCACCUGGUGGACCCACUCGACCUAGUAGCCACCGUCAUCGAACCUUGGUUGUCAAGAACAGCGGUCAUACUUCCUCAGCGGACGACCAAAGUUCGCAGUCACAAGCCAACGCUAGCUGGGUGACGAAACGUGACAGACACAUGCAACUGAUCAAUACCAAUAUUCUAGAUAAAGCCACACAAGCUAGAAGCAAAGCAAUGGAGCAAACUCGUCAGCAGAAAGCUGCAAGAAGAGAUCAGCGAGAGAAGCAAAAGAUCCACAAGUUUCUGCAGGAUGAUAAAACCAUCUGGUCACGAGCAGCCGCUGCAUCAAACGUUCAUGAAGUUGCUGUAGAUGGAUUGCGAUUCAAAGUCUUAAAUGGCGGCAGCAAACUAUUUCGAAUGCGUGGUAAGACUCAUUACGAGAGCUUCCCAUGUGAAACAGGCUUAAAGAUUCCAGGGGACUUCGACGGCAACUCAUCAACGCCGAAGCACGCAACAAUUGGUGGUGUGACCUUUAUGCGUAGCAAGAACGGCAAUUUGUACCGGUCUGGAAUCGCCAAAGCCAAAAAUUGUAUCGAUCUAAGGUCCUGA